AUGGACUGGCCUUUUAUACGAAUAUUAGGAAUUCAGGAACCAGCUUCCACAGUCUUCUCUAUUUUUAAUGGUCUUGUACAUAUCAUUGGUAUUAUAGAAUUUAGAAAACGACUUCCAAUCGGUGCACCCAUGUAUUGGGUAUGGCAUACAUUUGCUGCAGUGGGUGUCCAUGCAUGGUUUUGGUCAUCAGUUUUUCACACUAGAGAUGUACUAUUAACUGAGCGAAUGGAUUAUUUCAGUGCUGCAGCAUUGCUAUUAAUGACCAUAUAUGCACUAGGUAUCAGGAGUCUUUGUUAUCACAAAAGCACCUGUAGACGAGAAGUAGCUAUUGGUUUUGCCAUACUAUUGCUGAUUCUUUUUUCGCUACAUGUUAGUUAUCUCACGUUUGUCACAUUCGAUUAUGGUUACAAUAUGAAGGCGAGUGUUAUUGCUGGAUUAGUGAAUUCCUUCUGGAUGAUAAAAUGGGCUUCCAGUAACUGGGAUCUCCAUGGUGGUAUAAAAAAAGCAUUGGUUGCCACGGUUUCUGUCAAUGUUCUAUGUACUUUGGAGCUACUGGACUUCUCACCAUUUUUCUGGAUAUUUGAUGCUCAUGCUGUGUGGCAUCUCAGUACAGUGCUGCCGGCGAUAUGGUUGUACAGUUACAUCAUUGAAGACUCUUUGUAUCUAUACAAAACUAAACAUCGAUUUAAAAAAUUGGAGUAG